AUGCUUGGGAUUUGGAUACUUGCACUAUGCCUGCUCAGCGCAGCAGAAGGUUCAGAAGUCUGCUAUGACAGGCUGGGAUGUUUCUCCGACAGUGUGCCAUGGUCUGGAACCGUAGAAAGACCAAUCCAGAGGUUACCCUGGAGUCCAGACAAGAUAGAUACUCGCUUCCUCCUCUUCACAAGAGAAAAUCCUGAUAGCUAUCAAGUAAGAACUACUGUGAGGAUCUCAGCUGAUUCCUCCAUUGGCUUCUCCAACUUUAAAACAAGCAGGUUAACCAGAUUCAUCGUCCACGGUUUCAUAGACAAGGGAGAAGAAAACUGGCUGUUAGAUAUGUGUAAGAGGUUGCUCACUGUGGAAGAUGUGAACUGCAUCUCUGUUGACUGGAAGAAAGGCUCAAGAUGUAUGUACACCCAGGCAUCAAACAACGUCCGUGUUGUGGGUGCUGAAAUAGCUUACUUUGUGAACACCCUUAAGGACACAUACGGAUACUCUCCAGCCAAUGUUCACAUUAUUGGUCACAGCCUUGGAGCACAUGUGGCAGGCGAAGCUGGCAAGAGGCGUCCAGGAAUUGGAAGAAUUACUGGACUGGACCCUGCUCAGCCUUACUUUCAAGGGACUCCCAUUGAAGUCAGACUGGAUAAAACUGAUGCCGAGUUUGUUGAUGUCAUCCACACAGAUACAGCUCCCACAGUCCCCUACUUAGGGUUUGGCAUGAGCCCAGCUAUUGGACAUCUUGACUUCUAUCCAAAUGGAGGAGUGGAAAUGCCUGGAUGUGAAAAGAAUGCUGUGUCACAGAUUGUAGAUCUCGAUGGCAUCUGGGAAGGAACUCGGGACUUCAUGGCUUGCAAUCACCUGCGGAGUUACAAGUAUUACUCUGACAGUAUUAUCUACCCUGAUGGAUUUCUGGGCUAUUCGUGUGAUUCAUACAAUGCUUUUCAAACAGGAAGCUGCUUCCCAUGCCCAGCGGAAGGAUGCCCGAAUAUGGGUCACUAUGCAGACAGGUUCAAAGGGAAAAUUAACCGUGACACCGUGAAACUUUACCUGAACACUGCAGAAGCCAAGGACUUUCCUCUUUGGAGAUACAAAGUAACUGUGACCCUCUCUGGAAACAGCCAUGUGACAGGAUAUGUAAACAUUGCCCUCUAUGGAAGCAAUGGGAACACAAGACAGCACCAGAUUGUCAAGGGAACCCUCAAACCAGACAACACUUACACAGGCUACAUUGAUGCAGAAGUUAAACUUGGAACAGUUACAAAGGUUAAAUUCCUCUGGAACAACAAUGUGAUAAACCCAUCUCUUCCUAAACUAGGAGCUGCAACUGUUGUAGUACAGUCUGGAGAAGACAGGAGAGAAUACCGUUUCUGUGGCUACGAGACAGUGAGAGAGGAUGUUCUGCUGACUCUUACUGCUUGCUAA